AUGUGGAGCCUCUACUAUCUUUGCCUUCUAAUCUAUGCGUUCAGCCUACAAGCACUAGGCGACGCAAAGAAGAGAACCCUGACGAUUGAUGUCGUUAGUUCUCGGAUCGAAGACUACCUGAAAUCAACUCAAGAUGCUUCGAAGUAUACUAGACCUAUAUUCUACAACUCAGCACUGCCAUCUGGCUGUACACUAGCUUGCUCCUUCCUUGCCUAUGUCCAACCAGGGCAGGUCUCGUAUCCGAAUGAUACGGUAUAUGUUGAAGAGUCCAAGUACUGGUCCCUCCAGCAAGCUUCAGCUUUGCCGAUCUGUCGAUUCUCUCCCCAGAGCCCUCUUGGCGUCUCGUUGGCGGUAUUGACGGUUCGAAGCACGAAAUGUGAUUUUGCCAUCAAGAGCGGGGGGCAUGCUGCUUUCGCUGGGGCUUCAAACAUCAACGGGGGACUCACCAUCGACUUGGUCAAUCUGAACCAGAUCAUGCUGUCUGCUGACCAAAAAGAGGUGGCUGUGGGUCCCGGGAACUUGUGGAUUGAUGUUUACGACGCGCUGCAGCCGAAAGGACUUUCCGUCAUCGGAGGUCGAGUGUCUGAUAUUGGAGUGGGGGGAUUCACCACCGGUGGAGGGAUGUCAUUCUUCUCCGGACGGUACGGGUGGGCGUGUGACAACGUCAAUACCUAUGAGGUGGUGUUUGCCGACGGCUCGAUCAAGAACGUCAGCCGCUCCACCGAUCCGGAUCUGUAUUAUGCUCUCCGGGGCGGAGGCAACAACUUCGGCAUCGUCACUCGUUUCGACCUUGUGACCUUCCCCCAGGGAGACCUCUGGGCCGGGUCAGAGACGUACAUCUACAGCAGUGAUACGUCGGCCUCUCUGAUCAACGCUUUGUAUUGGCUGAACAUCAAUUCUCCCGGGGAUGAGUACGCACAAGCCAUUCUAGCAUACGCCUAUGAACGAUCGAUAGAUACCUACCUCAUCGUCACGGACCUUCAGUACGGGAAGCCUGUAGAGAACCCAUCCAUAUUACGAAACUUCACUGGCACUCGGGGAGCCAUAUCAGACACGCUUCGCAUUACCAACCUCACGGGGUUGACUGCCGAAUUCCAAAGCUUCAACCCCAAGGGCUUUCGCCAGACAUUUUGGACGCUGACGACGAAGAACAGUCCGGUUCUCCUGUCACAGAUCGUCUCCAUCUGGAUGGAGGAGGCCAACAGAGUGAGAGACGCAGCCAACAUCAUCCCCUCCAUCAAUUUCCAAGCCUACCCCACCAAUCUGAUCUCGCACUUCAGCCAGAACGGCGGAAACGCAGUGGGCAUCACCACGGCUGACGGACCACUCGUCGCUCACAAAGCUCAUUCUCGCAUCCUGAAAAGUGCUCCACCUCGCCUUCUCCUGGUCCUCCAGCGCGGACGACCGCCGCAUCACGGAGGCCGCGCGCGCCGCGAUCCGCCGCGCGAACCAGACGGCACACGACCAGGGCCUCGGGCACCCGUUCCUCUACCGUACCAGAACUACGCCGCGCGGGAGCAGCCCGUGUUCCCGAGCUACGGGCCCGAGAGCGUGCGGAAGCUGAGGGCGGCGAGCAGGAAGUACGACCCGGAGGGCGUAUGGCAGAAGCUGCAGCCGGGGUACUUCAAGCUGUUUCCUCAUCUGAUCUGA